CUUCAAACGUACUCAAUUUCCAAUCAAAGUUUGCUUCGCCAUGACGAUAAACAAAGCACAAGGCCAAACAUUGGAUUUUGUUGGAAUCUAUUUGAAAGAACCAUUAUUUUCUCAUGGACAGCUGUACAUUGCAAUGUCUAGAGCCAAAAAUAUAAAUUCCAUUAAAAUACUUAUUUGCCCUGACGGACACACCUCAAAUCGUUUUGACACUACUUGUAAUAUUGUGUACAACGAGAUAUUACCUUUCAUCAAUUAAUUCCUCAUUGUCACAGAUUCUAUGAAGCCAUGUCGACAGAACUAUUAAUAGUGGAUAUCAAACCGGAAACACAAAGCUGUAAAUGUCGCUUAACUGUGGUAGAAAAACAAAACAUCCGAACUGCAAAAUCUUCUCCAAUGAAAUUUCUGCCCCUGGUUUUCGUUGAUUCUGCUGGGAAUAGAGUGUAGGCAACUGCUUUUGCAGGCGACAUCUUUGGAAUUGAUGCACGUCUACAAUUGUACUCAACCUACCUCAUUUCCAGUGCAUAUGUCAAGCCCUUGACUGAUCUGCGCUUCUGUGUAGACCACAACUACCAAUAUGUGUGGUCAUUCACAAGACGCACAUUUAUCCAGGAUGUUCUUCCUGAAGAAGGGGUGGACUUUCGCCAGAUUGUUGAAAAUACCACAAUGCUUUUUCGAAGGAUCUUUGACUGUUACUUAGCUGCUGAAAAACUAAGUGCAUAUAGUUUCCUCCAGCACACUAUGAUCCCCCUACCUUUUGUUAUUAACUGUUUUCGCCAUAUGUUUCGUAGGUUUGCUGGGACUACCCCGUACCUUCAUAGUGACGGGGGAUGAACAAAAGGUUGCAUGGGACGUCGUUCUGAUUAAUGAAGAACUAACACUCGUGCCUAUGACCAUGUGGGAAGAAUUUGUGACUCGAUAUGGUGCGGAAAUUGAUACACUUUUACAAUCUGGUGACUGGCCAACUAUUUUUGUCACCGGGGCUGCUGCAAAUAUUUAUCAAGGCCUAUCACUGUCAACUCGCUAUGAUUCGCACAUGGAAUUAAACCCUGGCGGUGAUCGCGCGCUGGUCCUGAAAAAAUGGGCCAAAGAUAACAGCGCGGCCAUCAAACAGUUAUUGUCUGAGAAACAAUACGACCAUGCUCUUGAAAUUAUAGCCCGUCCACUCUCACAGCCCCAAACACUUCUUGCUUCACUACAAACUAACCUUAAUAAGGUUCCAGUUGUGUGGGUCUGUGGCAAGGUCAACCUAGGCGACACUUCAGGAGAAUCGUACUACAUCGGCUGUGAUUUUUGCAACCGUCGUGUUUACGCUCCAGGGGGCAACACUUUCAAAUGCAUGUUAUGUGGACAAAAGGAAGCCCAAACAAUAAAGCGAUUUAUAUUGAACGCCACACUCACUGACGGUACUGCCACCAUUCCGGUGACAUUCUUCACAAACGAAGUGCUCAAGCUUUAUGAUUAUAUUUGUAUGGAUCCUGCAAAAACCCGCGACACCAACGUACUUGAUGCAGAACUACAAAAGAUGACUGUUAUUGCUGGCGUGAAGCGCGCCAAAAUCAGUGAACAAGGCCUGCGUGGCAACCCUUAUAGUGUUGUGUGUGUUUCCCAAGACAAAACACCAACACCAAAUGCACUGCCAACUGACCUUGCAUCCACAAGCUCUAAUGAUGUUCAUGCUGCCCUACCGAAGAGGAAACUUGCAUUCCCAACCCAAACGGAUACUGAUAUUCCACCUCCAUUGGGUACUAAUGACGAAUAUACUUGUGAUGACAUCGUUCCUAACCUGCAUUCCACCAAGCGCAAGACCUAACUUACAUCAUUACUGCUUUUUCUCCGUCUGCUUUGCAUACUUUGUUCCUGUUACUUGGGUUGUAUACAUAAACACUACUUUGUUUUAAACUGCCAUAGGGUUAUGAUGUAAACAUCAUCAUCAUGCGUAGUUAUUAGCAUGGGUGAUGUACCAUGUAAUGUUGGGCCUUUCUGCCUACCUCAUUAACCCUCACUCGUGAUCAUAUUUUGCACUCCUUGAUUGAUCAUGGUAGCUGCACAUAAUGAAAUAAUGUAAACC